AUGAGCGACCUGGGAGAACGGCUAGAGCGAUUGGGUUUGGCCCAAUAUCUGGAUGCCUUCGUUUCCGAGGGCUUCGACACGUGGGACACGGUCCUAGACAUCACCGAAUCCGACUUAAAUGCCCUCAACGUCAAGCUUGGCCACCGAAGGUUGCUGACGUCGGUGACACAGAAACUACAAAGAGCCAUCGCCGACUAUCGAGGCCAGUCGCCCGAUCGCCCCCUUCCUCUCGCUCUCAACCAAACCGUUGCCAUCGAGAGUGCCUACAGAAGCGAUGACUCUGCCCCCGAGCCCGGAGCUCGGCAGCAACCCGAAUCGUCAAAUGCCGCCUCGGUAGCUCCAAACGCGAAGAGAAGGUACAGGCGUCAUCCAAAGCCCGACGAGAAUGCCCCGGAUCGCCCUCCGUCAGCAUACGUAAUCUUCUCCAACCAAGUUAGGGAGACGCUGAAAGGUCAGGAUCUCUCCUUCACUGAGAUCGCAAAGGUGGUUGGCGAACGGUGGCAGGUCCUGGAUCCUGAGGCUCGAGAAGCAUGCGAACGACAGGCUACUCUGGCCAAGGAGAAGUACUACGCCGAGCUUAACGAGUACAAGAAAACGCCCGAGUACGAAGCAUAUCAGAAGUAUUUGGAAGAGUUCAAAGCAAAGCAUGGACCUUCCAGCCAGAAAGAAACCAAACGUCCAAAAUUAGAGACUGAAGCAAGCACACCAAGCAGUGCAGAGCAAAUAAGCCGGCCCUCGACUCGGAGAAUCAGCGCUGUACAGUCUGACGCCAUUGGCAUGAGUCCGUUUCGCCCCAAGGCGAGUCCUCACAUACCUCCUGUUCGUCUCCCAUCAGCCCCGCUCUACCCUUCCCAGUCCGACUCACCUGCCAUGCAUUCUGCGUCCGCAUACACCUCCCCACGGACGGGAGACUUGUAUUCUCCCACAGCUAUGUCGCCACGGUCUGCGAUACCGCCACGGGAAACCUCUCAUGACUUCUCGACCAGUGCCGUGGGCCGCGAACCCAGAGCCCAACCUGACAACAACCCAAUGUUCCCACCUGCCUAUGCCGCAUACCAUCCCUAUUCUGCGGCAUCCCCUCCAGUCACGCAUUCUACUCCAUCGUCCUACCAGAUGGCACCCAUCGAGCUCCCCACGAGGCGGUUCUAUAGAGAAUCAGCAGGACCACCAUCGUUGACCCACGACGAGACGACCAUGUCGUCCGAAGGGGCGCAGAGUACCCCCGGCAGUGCCUCAUACCCGGCAUUGCUUUCCGUGCCUCCCGCCGAUUCCCGAAAAGCCAUGCGUAUGCUGCCCCACCCGCUCAACGUGACGGCCCCUACCCCCACCCCGUCCUUUCUGCCGACCUCCUCUCAUCUUCCCGACUAUCGAAAUACAUCCUCUCUGGCCGCUCUGGUCAGAGCGGGUGAACUGGCCAGAGCGGCGGAUGGGGAACAACCGGAAGAGCGCAACCCCCCGCCAAACUGA